ACUGGCAAUUUCGCGGCACAAUAUUUUUCUGUAUUUCCCAAAGCGCGUUUCCUACCGCGUGUGUCGCUUCUUAGCCUUCUCAGUAUCCUCUAUGUCAGUGUCAAAGUUAUAUUAUUUGUAUUCUUGUGUCGAUUAUUGCGUCAUCCUCUUUUAGUCCAACGAAUAAUUCGAACAAAUCGUAGGAUUUAUUGUUUAAUUUCUCGUAUAAUCAACCGUGAGAAAGUGUACUGUACCCUACAAUUGAUACAAAUUUCGUUAACUCAGAAAAUUAAAAUCGAAAGAGAAACAGAAGCGGAAUCAAUUUCUGUUUCGUUUUCACAUGGCAGACCCGUGUGCUGUCGCCACUCAGCUCACUCUUAAUUGCCAAGGAUUCCGCCAGCGAGACAAUCUACAUUAUCCUAAAACAUAAUUCACACCAAAGCAAACGAAAAAGAAUUUACAAUGGCACCCAAAAACAAAGAGAACUCUACCUCAAACAAAAAGAAGAAUAAGAACGUGGUGAUGGAAGAAGAUGAUGACGACGAAGAUUAUCGUAGACGUAGAGACAGAAAUAAUCAGGCAGUUAAACGUUCCAGAGUAAAGAGUAAACUUCGAACCCAACAGACUCUGGAGCGAGUUAACCAGUUGAAAACCGAGAAUGAACUCCUGGAGGAGAAGAUUAAAAUGCUUACCAAGGAGUUGGGCUUCCUGAAAGACCUAUUUCUAGCUCAUGCAGGCUCAAAUCAACACACACUAUCAACAAUCCAAGACAUAGACCUCAACGCUCUACUCGCCGACGAGUCAAGCACAAGCCAGAAGAGCACAGCGAGACUCUAAAUUCUCCCAAGCGCCACGGUUUAAAUUAAUAAAUCAGUGUGUUUGAAUUAUUGAAUCUCAAGUGAAAUUCAACGGUGAGCGGCAAAUGUCGGACAUCUUGGAACGAUGCCAACUCCGGAGCAAUAUGCCUGGCGCUGCUCAAAAAUUAAGAACAAACAAAAUAACGAAAAAAAAAUUAUAAAUGUUUUUUCAGCCUUUCAGCAGUUGCAAAAUUUAUGCCAUGCGAGAGGGAAAUGAAUUUACAAUCAAUCAUUGAAUGACAACAGCCAUUUGGGAAGCACAUUCCAAUAAAAUACAGUAGAUUCCCUGACAUCAAAUAUUCCCACUUGGAACAUUUUCCAAUAAGAUGUACACAAAUUCUCCAACUAGAAAUAUUUUCUAGAGGUCGCAGAUGCGAGAAUAUUCCCUGUUGGAGUUUAACUUUUCGACGAUUAGUUUGCUGUAACAGCAAAAACGUAAAUAAACGUAUGAGUCACUAGAGCGUUUCAAAUGUACAAUACAAUUAUAAAUUUAUAGUGUCGAGCAAAUCGAUUAAUUGAUUAAUAAAAAAAAGAAGAAAACAAA